GGGUAAGUGUAAUUAUAUACUCAGGUGAUUAAAAUGUUAGAUAGUUUCCAUCAAUUCAUAAGACAUGACCAACGGAAUUUGAAUUCACUAUAUUACGUCAAUGUCUGUCAUCCCAGAAAUGUUUUAUCUCGAAUAAGUCUAAAGCCCAUCUCAUCGGAUAUCGUCAUUGUUUUUCAUACUUCUGCACUAUAUACCAUCGCGACGAGCUACUUAUAAAGUGUGUUUGUUUUACAACGAGGGAGGACUUUACUUCUCAAUUACCCACUCAAUCCAAAGUAGUACAAGUUGGCUGAAAUAAUCCAGGGUAACUGGAAAACUUUAAACUUGGAAAAUAUUUCAUACAAAUUUCGACCAUUUUGAGGUUUCCGGGCCUCCAAUAUAUACAAUUUAUUUGUUUGUAUAUAGUAUACGUAUUGAUAAUCUAUCGAUAUUGAUGUCACUGUUAUUCGAUAUUUAUUCAUUUUCUUUCAUAGUAACGUAAGUUUACAGCUUUUAUAGCCUUAUCCUUCUUACAAUGAUUAUAUCCGCUGAAUACUAUCGAAUCCGACGAUAAUUUUUAAUUAAAAAAUGUUUUAAUGUUUUUUUUUAGUUUUUAGAGCUAAUUUCCUUAAAUAUCUUUUGAGCGCUCUUAAUAUUAUAUGGAUUUCAGUUCGAGCAGUCGUCGAUGUGCAGAUGCCGAACGUUAUCGUACCCAAACGAUAAUUUACACUACAGCAACUACAACAACAACAACCGCAAUUACAAGUAAUGUGACAGGAGUAAAAGAUACCUACGGCAGCGCGGAAGAAUCGGCCGGACCGUAUUCUCUAACUUCCACCGACGACAGCCCCUCGGAAAAUAUUUCUUCACUCCGCGCAAUAACGCAAAAGUUUAAAUUCAUAAAUAUGCCUAUUAGCACAUCCAACGGCGCGACAGAAUCAGAAGCGGCAGAGGUGAGAGGUGCUCCAGAUGGUGGUGAUUGUACCAGUAUUGAAUGCGAUCAAAAUUCCGAAACCGAGUCCUGUCAUGACCAACAUGAAACAUAUGGCAUCGCUGAAAAUUAUGAUGACCAGAGCGAGGAGUACACUUCUGAUGAUAGUGAAUCGGAGGAGCAGUCGGUGGCUAAGCCGCUGGCACGCGCACGUAUUGCCAAUCCAAUUGAGCUAGCUGCGACCGAAGAUCCAAUAGUUGCCGAGCCGAAGGAUAAUUUCACCGGACCUCGUUGUCCACGAGUACAACAUGACUAA